AUGACGCAAGCAGCCCACAGCAUCACCAUCUGCGAGGAGAUCCUGGACCUAAGGACGUUGCCGAUCAGGGAUCUGCAGCAGCGCACCCUCACGGCCACAGAGGACAGCCUCAAGCAGGAGUGGCUCAACAAGCGCGGGAAGAAGCACGGCCCUGACAGCCCCUUCGUCGAGCCUGUGCAGGCGCUGCUCAGGAGUCCGCGGACAGGCCGAUGGACGCUGGAGCACCAGACGAGAGUGCGCAGCCUCUGGAGCGGAGGCACGCGGCCGCAACAGCGGCUCUUCGACGAGGGCGCCGCGCAGGACAACAUCUGCAAGGCGUGCCACGAGAACGCGGGAACGGACCGCCACAGGUCACGGGACCUUCGCGUGCUCGAACCAUCUGCCACCGUGGCGCAGCUGGCGGCGUACGAGGCGCUCUGGGGGCGGGGCCUGGCUUUAGACCCCGCGAAGGAGUUCAACUUGUGGGACCUGCCCUCCAUGGGCGCCAGCGCCGCGGAGGGCGAAUUCACCGGCUUCGCGCAUGGGGGCGUCUACGCCGACGGCUGCUUGCUGCGCGGGGAGUACCCGGCACAUCGGCGAGGAGGCUGGGCCUUCGUGCAGCUGGACACCGCGCGCGAGCUCCAGCACGCCAUGCUCGGCCCGCUCGAGGGGCCGCAGUGCGACUAA